CAUGGCGAUACGACCGCUCACUCGUAUCCGUGGCCAUGUUUUAGAACGCGUUUACGCCAACCAGCGCGAUUCAAGUUGAUUAACAUUUCCCUGCUGUUCAUUCAUAUUUAUAUUCGUGAAACGGAUAUCGCGAUGUCGUAAGAUCGUCGCGACGAAGUCCGCCGUGCGUUAAAAUUAAUACCGCACGCCACUCGUCGCUCAGUUAUACGCGAUAUACGCGUUCUUCUCGCCGCGGUGGAUGUGCGCCCAGUGCACUCACAGCCAACUUCAGAGGCGUGUCAUGUUUGCGCUCGGCGCGUUGCUUCGUGAUCGGGAUCGUCGCGUUUCGUCAUCGGGAAUCUAUGAAAAAUGCUGUCGCUAGGCCCGAAAAAGGACGGCGGACCCAACGCCAAAUUCUUCGAGGCACCGGAGAUUCUUACUCAGCUUGACGGUGUUAAGCAGUGGCUGCUCAAGAACUGCAAGAAGUAUGUACAAACGGAUCCGCCCACUAAUAAGAGCUUAGCCACAUUGUUGGUACAGCUUCUGCAGUUCCAGGAAGAUAAUCUCGGAAAAAAUAUAUCAAAGCCACCUAUGACUAGGCUUCCAAUGAAAUGCUUCCUGGAUUUUAAGCCUGGUGGUGGUGUAUGUCAUAUAUUAGCUACCGCUUAUCGUUUUAAGCAAGAGCAAGGAUGGCGACGCUUUGAUUUUCCCGGGGGGAAAUCGGGAUCCCGUAUGGAUCGUACAGUGGAUAUGCUGAUGGCGGCAGAACGUGCUUUAAUACAGAAUAGAUGUAUGACUGUACCAAGUAUUUUUGUGAGACCAGACGUCGAUAAAAACACAGCUGCGAAAGUAAAGGACGUAGUUAGAAAGCACCAGGGGACCGUUGUAGAGAAUGAGGCAGAUGCUACUCAUAUUAUCUAUCCUCCAGUAGAUCCAUUGGAAGAGGAAUAUGCGCGUCCCUGUAUGAGACGCGAGCGAUCAGUUCUAAUUCACUGGUACUACUUUCCAGACAGUUAUGACUCUUGGUUAACAUUGGAUCUUCCAUGGGAUUAUCCUGAAGGGGCUUAUACAAAUACAAAUUCAAGAUCAAUGUAUAAAGUAUCCGCUACGUGGGCGUUAGACUUAGAGCAAUAUAACGAGUGGAUGAACGAGGAAGAUUACGAAGUAGAUGACAACGGUCAGAAGAGAGUACAUAAAUAUAGGCUCUCGGUGGAAGAUUUGAUGGCACAACCGUCCCAUCCGCCACCCGCAAAGAAACCUAAAAGAAAACGAUCACCUAGUCCACCUCCGAAGCUCGGCAAGCGUAAAAGUAGUAGAGCACCGUCGGGUAUUCAAAGCGCUUCCUCUGCGUCAUCAGCGACAGCUCCGAAGAAAUCGCGUGGGGGUGAGGAAGAGGAAGAUCUGACUCAAGGAAUGGAGGAUCCGCCUGCCGAGCCUCGAAUUGUCGAGGUAGUCGCUACGCCCACGAAUCCACCGAUCACAGGUCAAAGUAAUGCAACAACAGGCAACUCCACUUUAGCGUCUACCGGUAAUAAAAAGCAGGAUAGCGAGCUGCAACCUCUCAAAUCCGGCAAUUUAACUGAUCUUGAUGAACAAAUGGAAGGAGACAAAGGAAGCUCUCAAGGUGGUCAAGAUAGAGAAGAGAGAGAUACUAGCAAAGAAAGAGGAGAAGGUGGUAAGGGCGACGAACCCGAGGACAAUGUGACAGAGCAAACGCACCACAUUGUCGUUCCUAGUUACUCCGCCUGGUUCGAUUAUAAUUCGAUUCACACGAUCGAGAAGAGGGCUCUAUCAGAAUUUUUUAAUGGUAAAAAUAAAUCGAAGACUCCGGAAAUCUAUCUUGCGUAUAGGAAUUUUAUGAUCGAUACCUAUCGAUUAAAUCCAACGGAAUAUAUUACAUCAACCGCCUGCAGACGGAAUUUAGCUGGGGAUGUAUGUGCAAUCAUGCGCGUGCAUGCAUUUUUGGAACAAUGGGGACUCAUUAAUUAUCAAGUAGAUGCAGAAUCCAGACCGACGCCAAUGGGACCUCCACCGACAUCGCAUUUCCAUGUUUUAUCAGAUACACCGUCCGGUUUGGCACCAGUCAAUCCGAAUCCGCCGAAAACGCCACAGCCAUCUGCUGCAAAGAUGUUACUUGAUUUAGAGAAGAAACCAACGAGCGGGACGGGCGCUUUAGGUACAGAGGAGAAAGUUUCGGCAGGCGCAAUGGCAAAUUUCGGUCUGAAGAUUGAUCAAUAUUCGAGAAAACCAGCAGUAUUGAAGAAUAAACAAGCAGCGGGCGCUACGCGUGAUUGGACAGAACAGGAGACGCUUCUGUUAUUAGAGGGAUUAGAAUUACACAAGGACGACUGGAACAAAGUAUGCGAGCAUGUCGGUUCAAGAACGCAGGAUGAAUGUAUCUUGCACUUCUUACGUUUACCUAUAGAGGAUCCAUAUCUGGAAGAGGGCGGGCCCGAAGGAUUAGGUCCAUUGGCUUAUCAACCAGUACCAUUCUCGAAAGCAGGUAACCCCGUUAUGAGUACGGUUGCUUUCCUAGCAUCGGUCGUAGAUCCCAGAGUAGCCGCAAGCGCGGCAAAGGCAGCUAUGGAGGAAUUCGCUGCGAUAAAGGAUCAAGUACCGGCUGCAUUAAUGGAUCAGCAUUUAAGAAACGUUCAAGCUAGCGCAUCAGACGGUAAAUUUGAUCCGGCUGCAGGCUUAGCGCAAUCAGGUAUUGCCGGCACAGGACCGCCCGAACCGCCUGAUGACACAGCAACUACUGCGUCAACAACCUCGUCUGUACCGACAGGCGCGGCUAGCUCUCCGCAUUCCACGGCGUCAAUUGCCGAAGCGAAAAAAGAGGAACAAGAUAAGUCUAAAGAUGCCAUGGAGGUCGAACCAUCUCAGGUGGAUGUCACGAAGAAAGAAGAUGAAUCUAAGGAAGGUGAAGAGGAUGCAAAAUCCACCGAUCCAGAAGCCGCUGAAGCAAAGGAGAAAAAAGACAAGGUCGUGAGAGACGCCCAACUGCAAUCUGCUGCAGCAGCGGCACUAGCUGCUGCGGCUGUUAAGGCUAAACAUUUAGCAGCUGUCGAAGAACGCAAGAUCAAAUCACUUGUCGCGUUACUAGUCGAGACACAAAUGAAAAAGUUGGAGAUCAAACUGCGUCACUUUGAAGAAUUAGAAACCACGAUGGAGCGCGAACGGGAAGGACUCGAGUAUCAACGACAGCAGCUCAUCACCGAGCGACAGCAAUUUCAUCUGGAGCAACUGAAAGCAGCCGAAUUCAGAGCACGUCAGCAGGCCCACCAACGAUUAGCACAAGAGCAACAGCAGCAACAACAACAACAGAAUCAACAUCCACCCUGGCAACCUCCCGGUACACAGCAGCAACAACAACAGCCACCGAGUCCGCAGGCUCAACCGCAACAACAACCACCACCGCACACGCCGCCACAACAAACAUAACUCUUUCACGAAUCUUUCGGCGGCUGUUCCGGAUUAAGAACGCGCAAAGAGGACAUCAGAUGGGAAUGAUAGUGCUGAAGAAGCUGUGUCAUAUAAGCUCGCCUAACAACACCACUCGUGCAGCAGUAUAGCAAGUUUGCAAGAUCAAGAGCGAGUGAACCGACCCGCGUCAGUUGAAAAUCGACUAGAUAAACGGCCUGCAGAAGCACAGUAUUAAAAGUCAAGUGUAGGAGAUUUUGCAGUGAAGCGCAUCUCACAUUCGUGCCAGUCAAUAUUGUCAGAGUCUCGAAUGUGAUUUACAGAUCAUAACGUGAAGUAAAUAUUCUUGCAUCAUACAUCUGACUGUUUUCACUUCUUGAUGUUGAUCAUGUCGAAUUAUUUAUUUCGUCAUGCCUAGCGCAUGAAUGAGAAAUCAAAUAUCCGA